AUGGCGAGCAUCCUCCCCACUACCACGUCGUCUGUGGCGGUGGGCGCGAGCGGAGGAGACGACGGCGAGACGUUCGCCAGCAAGGUCCUCUUCUGCAACGCAUGCCUCGUGUUCCACAAGCUCUCGCAGACGCGCAAGACCAAAGCGAAGCGGCAGCAGCUGCAGGCGCUCUUCGAACGGUGGGGCGACACGCGGUACUUUGACAUUCUGCGAUUGAUGCUGCCGCAGAUGGACAAAGAGCGGGCGACGUACGGUAUGAAGGAGGCGAACCUCGGCAAGCUCUAUGUCGAGCUGCUCGGCGUCGACGCCUCGUCGGCGGCGGCGCAGUCGCUCAUCCACUGGCGGAUCCCAACCGGGCUUGGUGCUGGCGCGGACGCAGGCGACUUUGCCGAGGUUGCCGAGCGAGUCCUUCGCUCACGGUGCCAUGACAAACCUACGCUCUCGAUCAAGCAGGUCAACGAUGCCCUCGACGCCCUCGCCCGCGCCGUCGAGCGCUCGGCGCGCCUGGAGAUUCUGCGCAGCCUACAACGGCAAACGACAGCAGUCGAGCAAAAGUGGAUCAUCCGCAUCAUUCUCAAAGACAUGAAGAUGCAUGUCUCCGAGACUACCGUCCUCAAGUACUUUCACCCCGACGCGCUCGAGGCUUACAACGUUUGCUCGUCGCUCAAGCAAGUCGCGCUCGAGUUUGCCGACCGCAACGUCCGCCCCGUGGCAAGCAGCGCAGCGGCAAUCACGCUCUUCAAACCGAUCAAGCCCAUGCUUGCUGUCCGGUGCAACACCGUUGAAAAGGCGCUCGAGGAGAUGGGCUCGGCGCCCUGGGUGAUCGAGACCAAGUACGACGGCGAGCGGCUGCAGGUUCACUACUCAAAAGACCGCAUUGCGCUCUUCUCGCGGUCGGGCAAAGACUACACCCGCGAGUACUUGGCAUCGGUUCAGCCGCUGCUCGAGAAAGCCAUCCCGUCGUCGGUUCACACGCUCAUUCUCGACGGCGAGCUCGUGGUGUGGAACGAGACCAAGCAAAACUACUCGGUAUUUGGCAAUCUCAAGACCAUCGCCCGUCGAGACCUCGAGAAGAAAAUCGAGAAUGAUCGUGCAAACGGGUGCGUCGACCCGGAGCAGCUCGCUGCGCUCGAUGCCAUGAGGUCGUCGCGCCACUCGCGCGGGCCGAGCGGCAAUCUGCAGGCCGACCCGGGCGACAAGCAGUCUGUCUUUUACGUCGUCUUUGACCUGUUGCUGUUCAACGGAGUCUCGACCGUCAACCUGCCGCUCUCGCAGCGCAUCGAGAUUCUCGAGCGCGACGUCGGGCUCGUCGCGGAUCCCAAGCGCAUUGAGAUCGCGCCGCAAACCAUUGGCAAGUCCGGCGAUGAUAUCUACGAUGCGCUCGAGGAGGCUAUGGCCAACCAGGAAGAAGGCAUCAUGGUCAAGUCUCUCAACUCGGUGUGGAAGGCUGGCGACCGUUCGCACGGCUGGCUCAAGAUCAAGCCCGAGUACGGCGACCGGACUGCCGAUGACCUCGACGUCCUCAUUGUCGGCGGCUACUACGGCACAGGCCACCGCUCGGGCCUCAUCGCCAAGUUCAUGCUCGGAGUCAUUGUCCCGCCUGCGGUGCCCGGGGGCAAGCCCUCGGUCUUUUACUCGUUCACCAAGGUCGGGACAGGGUACUCGGUCGACACGCUGCGCAAUCUCGACGCCGCACUCGGUGAUCGCUGGAUUCCGUACUCGACCGACUCGCCGCCGCCGCACCUCAUUCUCGCCGACGGCUUCAAGGAAAAGCCCGACGUGUGGAUCCCGCCCGAAAAGUCGCUCAUCAUGGUUGUCGUCACGCCGCAAAUCAUCAAGACCGAAAAGUUCAAGGCCGGCUACACCAUCCGCUUUCCACGCUGUCGAGCCUUUCGCCACGACAAGCCCUGGAGCUCGGGCCUCUCACUCCCAGAACUGCAGCAGCAGUUCCAUGUCAACGCCGGCACCCGGAUCGGCGCCCGGCUCGCGCGCGGCCGCAAGCUCGACCCGCCAUUCGCCGCGGAAGCGCAAGAAAAAGAAGACAAUCUUGAGCAAAGGAAGCGGUCGUGGUCGCACGCGCACCGUCCUCGCUGCCUAUGCUGGUAUCAAUGUGGCGGGGUGACCAAGGUCGGCUCGCUCUUCAACGGACUUGCGCUGUGUGUCAUCGGCGGCGAUCGCAACGCAGGUGUGACCAAGGCCGAGCUCGAGAAGGCUCUCGUCGAGCACGGAGCAAGCAUCUCGCAGAACCCGGCCGUUGACGGCUCUAUGUUUGCUGUAGUCGCCCGCGGUCUUGUUCUCAAGGUUCGCAACAUCAUCACCGCACAUCCGACCUCGCUCGAUGUCAUCCACUACUCCUGGAUCACCGACUGCGUAGCGGCCGGCAAGCGGCUCCCGCUCGAGCCGCGUUACAUGAUCCACACCACGCCGACAACGGCCGAACACUUUGCCAAACGCUCCGACAUUUACGGCGACUCGUACGCCGACGACGCUACCACCGACUCGCUUCGUCUUGCCUUUGCGCAAAUCACCAAGCAGUGCGGGCGGCUUGUCGAGCCGAGUGAGGCUCGCAUCGCGCCGGCCGCGCUGCGCAGCCUUGAGGACCGCUACGGCCUCCACACACGUUGGUCGACCUUCCGCGCCGCCGUCGUCUACCUUGACAUCAACGCGUCGCCAAUUGACCCGGCAUCUCGGCUAGCCGUCACUCCGCUCGACCUCCUCGACGUCGUCAUCCGCCACCACGGCGGUACCGUUGCACCCGCGCUUGACAACACGGUCACCCACGUUGUUGUCUCCCGCCAGGCACCCGACCGCAUCCCGGCCAUCCGCAACCAGCUCCGUCAGCUCCGGCCCAUGUACCUCGUCGACGAUGACUGGAUCACCGCCUGCGUUGAGGCCGGUACCCACCUCGACGAAACACCGUACAAAGUUGUCGGGCUUGGCUCCCGAUGA